AGAGACAACCACCGCAGGGAGGGGGAUGGGGAGCAUGUAGACGCUUUCCUGCUAUGCUCCCCCGCCGCCUCUGCAGCGGCGCUUCGGGUGCUUGAGGCUGAGCCGGGGAACCCUGGCUCCAUCCCUUAGCCCGGACCUGCUGCUCCGUGCAAGGGAGAUGUCAGCACACCAAAAGAACUGGGGAGCCGGCCCGGAAGGAGGAGAGGAAGGGACGGGAGAGCGGGCCUGAGAUUAUAUAGGGGAGCUUUCCACGCCUUCCAUCUAGCCCGCCCCGACCAAGCUCAGCCCCCAGAGAUAACAUCCCAACUACUGCCCCCUCCCUCCCCCUUCCCCCAAGUCCAACCAGUGUCCUCUACCCCCACCUUCAACCAUCUCCUCCCUUUCUGCCCCCACCUCCCGGGUCGCAAAGGGACUCGGAGUUGGCGGGAGCCUAUAAAAGCCCAUCACAGAAAGAGCCGGGCACAGGCUUGCUGUAACCAGUGCAGAGGUGCAACCCAAGAGCUAAUUACUAAACCCUGAGCAGCUUGCAAGACCAUGUCCCAUCAUUGGGGAUAUGAGCCAGACGUGAACGGGCCAGAAUUGUGGCAUAAGGCUUUUCCUAUUGCCCUUGGAAAACGACAGUCUCCUGUGGAAAUUGAGUACGGUAAAACGCAGUUCGACGAUGCUCUGAAACCUUUGCAGUUAAGCUAUGACCCUUCUACUGCUAAGAGGAUCGUCAACAAUGGUCACUCUUUCAACGUCGAGUUUGAUGAUUCCGCUGAUAAAUCAGUGCUAAGUGGAGGACCUGUGACUGGGAAGUACAGGUUGGUCCAAUUUCAUUUUCACUGGGGCUCCUCUGGGACCGAGGGCUCUGAGCACAUUUUGGAUGGAAAGAAAUAUGCAGCUGAGCUUCACUUGGUUCAUUGGAAUACAAAGUAUGAGAGUUUCAAGGUUGCUGUGACCAAGGAUGAUGGACUGGCUGUUGUUGGGAUCUUUUUAGAGAUGGGAGCCGCUCAACCAGCACUUCAAAAAGUUGUUAAUGAUCUGAGUAAAAUUCAAACAAAGGGUGAAGAGUCGGUCUUCACUGACUUUGACCCGGCUGGUCUCCUUCCUGGGAGCUUGGAUUUUUAUACUUAUCAGGGCUCACUGACCACUCCUCCUCUUUUGGAAUGUGUGACCUGGAUUGUCUUACAAAAGCCCAUCUCUGUGAGUCCUGAACAGAUGGCAGAAUUCUACAACCUUUACUUCACUUCUGCUGGUGAAAGUCCUUCGAAACAUAUGGUAUGCAAUUGGCGCCCUGUUCAGCCCCUCCAUGGCAGGAUAAUUAGAAGAUCAUUCAAUUGAUGUCUGAGGAAAAUGACCCUCUAGCUAAGCACAAAUCAGUCUGUACACUGGCAGCAUCUUCACUAGUUUCAGUCCUUUUGAAACCAUAUCUGACAUUCUUUCUCAUAAAAUGUAAAAAGGUUGUAAACCAACUUAAAAUGUUCUUAAUGUGUAAAACCAAUAACCCACAAGUGCAGACCCAUGUGCAGUGCUUGGCAAGGUGAUGUUGACCUGGUGCUUUGGUGAUAGCAAUGCUUUUUCUGUGACAAGGAACCAAUGAUAGGGAAUAGAAUUGUUCCUUCCUUCCCAUAUAAUAGAGCACAUGAGUGUCUAGAGCCGUAAACCCUAAAGCUGUUUUUAAAAGAUAGCAAAGCAGAAAAAUUGAAGACAAAUCUCCAAUAAGUGAUUAAAUUACAUCAGUACAAAGGGUAAGAAGACAGAAUUAAUAAUAGAGAUUCCAAGAGGUAACAUUUAAGAUAUUGAAAUAUAAUUUUUAAAAAUUCUUACAUGUUUCUAGUUAUGUAAUCUUUAAAACAGGGAUGAUGUUUUUGUGAAUUUUGAAUUAAGUAUUAUCUAUAAAAACAUUUUAAUUAUAGUUAUAAUACAGAUUAUAUUUCCAUUCAGAGAACAUAUACCAUAACUUAAAAGAAAAAAUUAAUAUUGUAUUUUAGAUAUAUGUUGGCUAAUAAAAUAGAUAAUUAUA